GGUCAUUGAUCGAGUGGCUGCCAUGACAACAUUCAAAGUGUGUGACUGUGUGUGUGUUGCUGUGUGCGCUUUCCGAAGUGUAAACACUCUUGAUAUUGGUUGGGAGGAAGAAUUACAGAUCUGGGAUGCUGAAGAGGCAGAGCAUGCAUCCCUGCACUCCAUCCCGGUGUGCUCUAAUAAAUAUCUGGAUUAAAAGAACAGAACCGUUUCUGUCUGGCUUGCAUUUUGAACAUGUGCAGUGCCUACAAUUGUUUUUUGUUCAGUGUCCUAUUUCGUCCCCAAACAUUUUGGAUGCAAGUUUAUUUGUAAAACUGGUAUCGGAUUUCCUCAUUCUUGGGAAGAUAUCAGGCAAUUAAUGCAAUUUCAUGCCGUUUAUAUUCACUGCAGCUGGGUUUUAUAAUUGAGUUUGCUACGGUUUUGCCUUCACUGUGUUACUGCUGCCUCGUUCAGAAUUUCUCAGUCCACUCAUGAUCGUAUGGAACUUGCUUAUUUGAUGCUGUUCGUUAAUCACAUCAUACAUACUCAAACUUCAUCAGUCCGCUUGCAUAUCUACAGCUUCAGCCUGUAAUUCUGCUUUCUGGAAAAUAUUAUUAAACUGCGCUUAAUAGAGGAAGGAGAAAUAUAGAGGCUGUAAUGAGUUCUUGCCAGACAGCGUGACAAUGAAAAAAAAAUGCGCCUUUGUAACUUCUUGUUUUGAAUUUGGAACAGGAUUAUACAUGUGUUGAGCAAUCUGGAUGUGUGUUUCUAUUUGCAUGGGUUAUUGUCCUGUAUUAUGCAGAGGAGCUGAGUCCUACGUGCUUCGGCCUUUGCACUCAGUGCUUGUCAGGUUUAUUUUUUCAAUGCUUUAAAAUUACUUGCCAACUGUGGUUUUGAACUGUAUUUGCUAACAAGGAGUUAUUUGUGCUCGUGGGGCUUGGUGUUGCUUGCAGAAUAUGGGGCUCGGGACAGAUUUGCCGCUGUCCUCGCGGCGCAGCGUUCUGGUUCUCGCUCUCAGACUACUCUUCCUUAUGCCCGCAGGGGUGCCCGUGCGAAGCGGAGAGGCCGCCUUCAACAAGCUCACGGACAACGUGACCGCCAGACAAGGGGAGAAUGCUAUCCUCAGGUGCAGUGUGGAUAACAGGGUAACCAGAGUUGCCUGGCUUAACCGUUCCAGUAUACUCUUUGCAAGGAAUGAUAAGUGGACCACAGACAGUCGUGUAUUUCUACAUGUCAGUACAGAAAUGGAAUACAGUAUUGUUAUUCAAAACGUGAAUGAGUAUGAUGAGGGACCCUACACAUGCUCAGUGCAGUCUCAUAGCCGUCCAAGGACCGUACGAGUGUACCUCAUAGUACAAGUUCCGGCAAAGAUUGUCAACAUUUCAUCUGAUAUUGUUGUGAAUGAAGGAAGCACUAUCACUCUCCAUUGCCUUGCAGCAGGAAGACCCCAGCCGACAGUCACAUGGAGGCACAUCUCUCCCCAAGCUGAAUUUUUCAAAAGUGAAGAUGAAUAUUUAGAAAUCACUGAAAUUACCAGGGAACAGUCUGGAACAUAUGAAUGCAGUGCAAAUAAUGACGUUUCAAUACCAGAUGUGAGGAAUGUACAAGUUACAGUCAAUUAUGCACCAUAUAUACCAGAAGCAAGGAACAUUGGUGUAGCUCUGGGACAAAAUGGCGUCCUUCAAUGUGAAGCAUUUGCUAUUCCUAAAGCUGACUUUGAAUGGUAUAGAGAAGACAAAAGGCUAAUAACUGGAGAUCAGGAAAUGAGAAUUGAAACCAAAGGAAGGUUUUCAGUCCUUACUGUUUUUAAUGUGACUGAAGAUGACUAUGGAAACUAUACCUGUUUGGCUUCAAAUAGGAUGGGGAGUGCUUCAGUUAGUGUUUUAUUAUAUGAAAUAAGUGAGCCUACAAGCUCAACCCUAUUUCAAGAGUACACAACUUCCACAGUUUAUGCUAACCUGAAAGAUCCUGGAGCAGCCCAUAAUGCAAAUAAAGCGACUUCUGGAAUAACUGACACAUUCUGGUUUCUGAUAGUCUUGAGUUUAUAUGUCUUUCUCUCAUUUUGACAUAUCAUUUAAGCAUUGAGGCAGCAAAACAGUUUUUCCGACAUGUGGAGGUCACAGACUUUUCUUCGUAUACUACAAACAGCCUAAGAACAUUUAUUCUGAAGAUAAAAGAAACAAAAUAUUCUUUUUUGCUUCUCAUUUUUUUAAGCUUGAUGUUUCACACUAUGUCACUUAUUUGCUGAGUUCUUAUUUUUUCUAUUUUUAUUCAUUUCUCUGUAUAGCAGAAUCUUCAAUUUAAUUUUGAGAUACCCAUUCCACUGGUUUUGGCUAUUCUGUAUCAAAUAGUGUAUUGUUAAUUAUACAAGUUUACAUAAAGGAUUCAAUAAUAAUGGAUUUUAAUUAUUAAUUGUAUUUUGAAAAAAUGUGAUAAAAAUUAUAUAGAGCAAUUCUGUUUACAUUAAGCAACUUACUGGAUAUAUUUAAUAAUAGUUAUAGGGCUCCCUGAAUGCUUGAGUGUUACUGAAAAAAACUGAACUCUUAUAAACCAGAUUUUUUGUCAGUUUAAUUUUAAAAAUCUGUUUUGGCAUCAGUGUUUUACCACUGACUUUUCAAUUUACAAUAAAAUAUGACUAUGUGGUCGCUAUAUUAGUUCAUAUACUUACAAAAAUACAAUUGUUGAUUAUUGAAGCCUGAAAUAGCAAAUCCACUAGUACUAUAAAGAAAUUAUAGGCUUAUUUCAUUAUAAUCAUAUUUGCUCCUGUGUUUUCACUGCUUAAAUUAGUUAUGUGUCUCACAAUGGUACCUCAAGAUAAAAGUAUGCACAAAUGUUUUAUUUCAGGGUAUUUUUAAAUAGCAGUUAUGAUAAUCUUGUUGACAGUAUCCAUAUAAAUAAUUAUUGAAAGUAUAUAAUUCAUAAUGUUGCCCUUUUGUUAUUGAUUCUGAAAGAAAUGCAGACAAUAGGGACAAUAUGUGCUGUCAUGAUACUCUGUGAAACUGCAGAAUUGUAUUCUGUGUAGGAAAUACUUGUGUAUCUGACAACAGUCUGUCUUAGGCCUAUGUUUACUGUUACUACAGUUUAUCCAUACGCACAUUGUGUGUAACACUUUAUCCUGCACUACCAUUCUGUUUUAUUUCUGAUUCAGUUAUUCUACAUUUAUACAUUAAAAGUAACUAAGCAUAGCAUAUUUAAAUAAAAUCAAAAAUCCAUAAAUGUUGGCCCUGCAGUAACAGCUAUACAUCAAAUGGUUGUUUCAUACUUACUUAAUGUUGGUGUGGCAUUCUGUCUCUCACCUUUCUUUAUGCAACAGAAGAUUCAUUGAGUGCUACAAUAUAUAAUUCAUUGCAAAUCUAAACUGCACUGAUUUUUGUUGUAAUGAAGAAAAUAAAAUGAGUUGGAGUUAUUGUUGUUUUGCUCAGAUUGGUUAACCAAAUGAUAUUUAAUUAUGAUGAACUUGGGAACACUACUUCAUAAAAUGAAAUCUGUUUUUGAAUUAUACCAUUGUAAAAGCAUUAUAUAAUAAACCAUUGUUUGUCCUCAGCAAGGCAGGUAAAAAUGUUUAACAAUAUACCAGAGCUGGCACUAGUUACAUGGUUUCAAAUAUGUUAAAACCUAUUUGAACAACAUUUUUGGCACUGCUCCAGGUUUCAUAAAAUGCAUUCCGCUAUAGACUUUAUUUGUUUUCAAAAUAAAAUGUAUUUUGAUGGACAUCA